AUGGCAGACUUCCUGUUACCUCGGGGCACCAGCAGCUUCCGCAGGUUCACCCGGGAGUCCCUGGCGGCCAUCGAGAAGCGCAUGGCGGAGAAGCAAGCCCGAGGUUCGGCCGCCUCGCAGGAGAGCCGGGAAGGGCUGCCUGAGGAGGAGGCUCCCCGGCCCCAGCUGGACCUGCAGGCCUCCAAAAAGCUGCCAGAUCUCUAUGGCAACCCGCCCCGAGAGCUCAUCGGGGAGCCCCUGGAGGACCUGGACCCCUUCUAUAGCACCCAAAAGACCUUCAUUGUGCUGAAUAAAGGCAAGACCAUCUUCCGGUUCAGUGCCACCAAUGCCUUGUAUGUCCUCAGUCCCUUCCACCCUGUCCGGAGAGCCGCUGUGAAGAUUUUGGUUCACUCGCUGUUCAGUAUGCUCAUCAUGUGCACCAUCCUGACCAACUGCGUGUUCAUGGCCCAGCACGACCCUCCACCCUGGACCAAGUAUGUCGAGUACACCUUCACUGCCAUUUACACCUUUGAGUCUCUGGUCAAGAUUCUGGCUCGAGGCUUCUGCCUGCAUGCGUUCACCUUCCUCCGGGACCCAUGGAACUGGCUGGACUUCAGUGUGAUUGUCAUGGCAUACACAACUGAAUUUGUGGACCUGGGCAAUGUCUCAGCUUUACGUACCUUCCGAGUCCUCCGGGCCCUGAAAACUAUAUCAGUCAUUUCAGGUCUGAAGACCAUCGUGGGGGCCCUGAUCCAGUCUGUGAAGAAGCUGGCCGAUGUGAUGGUCCUCACGGUCUUCUGCCUCAGCGUCUUCGCCCUCAUCGGCCUGCAGCUCUUCAUGGGCAACCUGAGGCACAAGUGUGUCCGCAACUUCACGGCACUCAACGACACCAACGGCUCUGUGGAGGCCAACGGCCAGGUCUGGGAGUCACUGGACCGCUACCUCAGCAAACCAGAAAAUUACUUGCUGAAGAACGGCACCUCCGAUGUGUUACUGUGUGGGAACAGCUCUGACGCCGGGACAUGCCCCGAGGGUUACCGGUGCCUAAAGGCAGGGGACAACCCUGACCACGGCUACACCAGCUUCGACUCCUUUGCCUGGGCCUUCCUUGCGCUCUUCCGCCUCAUGACGCAGGACUGCUGGGAGCGCCUCUACCAGCAGACCCUGAGGUCUGCAGGGAAGAUCUACAUGAUCUUCUUCAUGCUUGUCAUCUUCCUGGGCUCCUUCUACCUGGUGAACUUGAUCCUGGCUGUGGUUGCCAUGGCUUACGAGGAGCAAAACCAAGCCACCAUCGCUGAGACCGAGGAGAAGGAAAAGCGCUUCCGGGAGGCCAUGGAGAUGCUCAAGAAAGAGCAUGAGGUCUUCACAGGGAUCUUCACCGCAGAGAUGACCUUCAAGAUCAUCGCUCUGGACCCCUACUACUACUUCCAGCAGGGCUGGAACAUCUUCGACAGCAUCAUUGUCAUCCUGAGCCUCAUGGAGCUGGGCCUGUCCCGCAUGGGCAACCUAUCAGUGCUGCGCUCCUUCCGCCUGCUGCGGGUCUUUAAGCUGGCCAAAUCAUGGCCCACCCUGAACACCCUUAUCAAGAUCAUCGGAAACUCAGUGGGGGCGCUGGGGAACCUGACACUGGUGCUGGCCAUCAUCGUGUUCAUCUUCGCUGUGGUGGGCAUGCAGCUCUUUGGCAAGAACUACUCAGAGCAGAGGCACCGCAUCAGUGACUCAGGCCUGCUGCCCCGCUGGCACAUGAUGGACUUCUUCCAUGCCUUUCUCAUCAUCUUCCGAAUCCUCUGUGGGGAGUGGAUCGAGACCAUGUGGGACUGCAUGGAGGUGUCUGGGCAGUCACUAUGCCUGCUUGUCUUCUUGCUUGUUAUGGUCAUUGGCAACCUUGUGGUCCUGAACCUCUUCCUGGCUCUGCUGCUCAGCUCCUUCAGCGCAGACAACCUCACAGCCCCUGACGAUGAUGGGGAGAUGAACAACCUCCAGCUGGCCCUGGCACGCAUCCAGCGCGGCCUGCGCUUCCUCAAGCGGACUACCUGGGACUUCUGCUGUGGGCUCCUACAGCGGCGGCCCCAGAAGCCCGCAGCCCUCGCCACCCCUGGCCAACUGCCCAGCUGCGUUGCCACCUCCAGCCCCCCACUGCCCCCGGAGUCAGAGAAGGCGCCUCUGGCCCGCAAGGAGACACGGUUUGAGGAAGACAAGCGGCCAGGCCAGGGCACCCCCGGGGAUACAGAGCAUGUGUGUGUGCCCAUUGCCGUGGCUGAGUCAGAUACGGAUGACCAAGAGGAGGAUGAGGAGAACAGCCUGGGCACAGAGGAAGAGUCCAGUAAGCAGGAAUCGCAGCCUGUUUCCGGCAGCCCAGAGGCCCUCCCAGAGCCCAGGGCCUGGAGCCAGGUGUCAGAGACCGCCUCCUCUGAGGCCAGUGUGGCUCAGGCAGACUGGCGGCAGCAGCGGAAAGCGGAGCCCCCGGCCCCAGGGUGCAGUGAGACUCACGAGGACAGCUACUCAGAGGGGAGCACAGCAGACAUGACCAACACGGCUGACCUCCUGGAGCAGAUCCCUGACCUGGGCGAGGAUGUCAAGGACCCAGAGGACUGCUUCACUGAAGGUUGUGUCCGGCGCUGUCCCUGCUGCACUGUGGACACCACGCAGGGCCCCGGGAAGGUCUGGUGGCGACUGCGCAAGACGUGCUACCGCAUCGUGGAGCACAGCUGGUUCGAGACGUUCAUCAUCUUCAUGAUCCUGCUCAGCAGUGGAGCCCUGAGUGGGCCUGGAGCCAUGACUUAG